AAAAAAAUCAUGUUAUUUGGGUAUUUUUGUUUAGUUUCCAUAUGUGGAAUAAAUUUUUUGGUGAGAGAAAGAAGUCGCUGUAUGUGGCGCUGCUGAGAAAGAGGCGAGAGGAGCAGCGAUGGAGGACGACGUUGAGAUGGCAGCGGGGGAAAACAGCGCCGGGGAAUUGGAUGACAUGAAGAAGAGGUUGAAGGAGAUGGAAGAUGAAGCGGUUGCUCUCCGUGAAAUGCAAGCCAAGGUCGAGAAAGAAAUGGGCUCUGUUCAAGACCCUGCUGCUGCUGCUGCAAACCAGGCAAACAAGGAAGAAGUGGAUUCUCGAUCUGUCUUUGUUGGAAAUGUGGAUUAUUCAUGCACUCCAGAGGAAGUGCAGCAGCAUUUUCAGGCAUGUGGGACGGUAAAUAGAGUUACAAUCCGAACUAACAAGUUUGGGCAACCUAAAGGAUAUGCUUACAUCGAGUUUGUUGAACCGGAAGCUGUCCAAGAAGCUCUUCUUCUGAAUGAAUCUGAACUUCAUGGCCGCCAACUUAAGGUAUCAGCUAAGAGGACUAAUGUUCCUGGUAUGAAGCCAUACCGUGCUAGGCGUCCUAACCCGUAUAUGGGAUUUCGAGGCCGGACACCAUUCAUGCCUGCUCCUUAUUUUUUCCCUCCUUUUGGAUAUGGAAAGAUUCCAAGGGCUAGGGCGCCGAUGCGUUACAGCCCCUACUUCUGAGACUCUGUUUUGUUUUUCCGUAGACAUACAUACCUCUGGAUGGUGGGACAUAUCAUUAAAAGCAGUAGCUUCUUAUCCCAUGUAUGGUUAAUUGCCUUUACAAAUCUUAUUAAUCCCGAAGUUGAGUUUUAAGGUGAGCUUUGUGGCAAAUAGUGUGAUGAUGAAUCCUUUUGGUUUUGUGUCUUUAGAGUUGUUGAGAACAUAUGCAUGUUUGGAAUUUCCACUGUAAUGUUGCAUUCCACUGCAGAAAAGAAAGAAAGAACCGUUUGGGCCA